AUGUCAGCCACGUUUGCUUAUGAUACUCUGACAGCAGCUAAACAACCACUUUUCGAAGAAAGCUUCGAUAAUUCAUCAUCAUAUACACCGCGAGUUUCCUACCAUUUCAAUCCAAAAGUUUCAAACUAUCAUUAUGGUGUAAAACAUCCGAUGAAGCCCUUCCGCUUGAUGCUAACAGAUCAUCUUGUAUCUUCAUAUGGUCUCCAUAAGAUAAUGGAUCUUUAUGAAACUAGACCCGCUACAAAUGAAGAAAUGGUUCAAUUUCAUUCAGAAGAUUAUUUAGACUUCUUAUCAAAAGUGACUCCUGAAAAUCUAUCUAAAAUGCCAAGAGGUACAUUAGAAAAAUUCAAUAUUGGUGAUGAUUGCCCCAUUUUCCAAAAUUUAUACGAUUAUAGUACACUAUAUACAGGUGCUUCAUUGGACGCUACGAGGAAAUUAAUUAAUGAUCAAUCUGAUAUCGCUAUAAAUUGGUCAGGUGGGUUACAUCAUGCUAAGAAGAAUAAUCCAUCUGGGUUUUGUUAUAUUAAUGACAUUGUUCUUUCCAUUGUUAAUUUGUUAAGGUAUCAUCCACGAGUUUUAUAUAUUGAUAUUGAUUUACAUCAUGGUGAUGGUGUUCAAGAAGCAUUUUAUACUACCGAUAGAGUUUUCACCAUUUCUUUCCAUAAAUUUAAUGGAGAAUUCUUCCCCGGAACAGGUGAUUAUGAUGAAACUGGGUGCGCAAAGGGGAAACAUUUCGCAAUGAAUGUUCCAUUAGAAGAUGGGAUUGAUGAUGAUUCUUAUAUUAAUCUUUUCAAAUCAAUUAUGGAUCCUUUGAUUACUUCAUACAAACCCACUGUUAUUGUUCAACAAUGUGGCGCAGACUCUUUGGGACAUGAUCGUUUAGGUUGUUUUAAUUUGAAUAUAAAGGGUCAUGGAGAAUGUGUGAAAUUUAUUAAAUCUUUUGGAAUUCCAAUGUUAGUUGUAGGUGGUGGCGGUUAUACUCCAAGAAAUGUUUCUAGAUUGUGGACGUACGAAACUGGGAUUUUAAAUAAUGUUUUACUACCUAAUGAAUUACCUGAGGGAAUACCGUUUAGGGAUUCAUUUGGUCCAGAUUAUUCAUUGUAUCCUGUAUUAGAUGACCUUUAUGAAAAUAAAAAUAGUAAGAAAUUCUUGGAAGAUAUCAGAAUACGAUGUUUGGAAAAUAUUAAGUAUUUACAAGGUGCUCCUAGUGUAAGAAUGGAUGCGGAAGUUAUACCGACGCAAGAUAUAACUGGGUUAACUGAGGAUGAAGAAGAUCUCAUAAAUGAACUAAAUGAAGAUGAUCUAUCUUGGCGAUUGAAACAAAUAGAGAAAGAAAACAGUCAAUUAAAUGAAUUGAUGUGA